AUGACAACGGCCGAUCAUGCAAGGCUUUAUUCGGGGUUGGAUUUGAUCACCACCCAGGAUGAUCCACGCGCGCUCCUCCCGCUGCUCAAAUCCCAGCUGCCCCAUUCGAUCCCUCUCCUCCGGCGUCUGCAGCACAACCUGGCCUUCCCGUCCAAGACCGCCCGACUGCUGACCACGUUUCCAGGGGUCGAUGCUCCCCCCGAGCCUGCGCCAUGGCUGGCUGCGUACGUGGAUCUGCCACGCGGGCGAGAGACCCAGAUGACCAUCUACUCGAGUGUGGAGUCGCAGCAGUCAUAUCCCACUAAUCACAAAGACAAGGCUGAAAAGGACCUCCGCAUCUCCACCCUCCACGCCCCCCCCGAGACUCUCGCGCUCGCUCGCGCCCAACUCCUGGCCUUGCUCGCGUAUACCAAGCAGACCUUGCUGCCGGCGUACCUUUCCUCUCUCCCCUGCGCUACAGCGACCUCAAGCGUGCCGGGUCGGAUCCAGCCCACGCCAACGCCGCAGGCCUUCCUGAUCGGAAACCUGCACACGGGCCUCAUGGCCCUGCUCAAGGCGUCGGGGGUCUACUCGCACCCGGAGCCUAUCCCUGGUCUCGGGCUCCGGAUCCACCGGUUCGAUAAUCCCCCGUACGUCAAGUACCUGUUUCGGGAUGCGGACUCGGCAUCAGUCGCGGGAAUGGGGAAUGCAGGCCUACCCCCCGGGUAUCGCUUCCGGGACCGUCGUGGGCGGAUGGGGAUCCUCCCGCACCAGUACGCGCUUGUCCGUGCGCGGACGCAUCUGCCUCGCUCGGAUGAGACGCUCUCGAGAAUCCCUGGGGUGGCUGUGUAUGUUGAUCGACCUGGGGAGGGGGAGGAGGAGGAUGAGGAGAUGCCCAUUGCGUGGGUGUUUCUCGGUCUUGAUGGGAGUUUGGCGACGUUGUUUGUUGAGCCGGAGCAUCGCGGGAAGGGGAUUGCGGAGGCGGUCUCGCGUGAGGUGAUGGCGCGUGGGAUGGUCGGGGGAGGGAUCUGGCGGGAGGUUGGCGAGGAGGGCGAGGUGUGGGUUCAUGCGAAUGUGCUUGCGACGAAUGGGGCCAGUCGUCGGGUUCUGGAGAAGUUGGGAGGGGAGGUUGGGUGGACGACUACGUGGACGGUGGUGGAGUUGCUGGACUGA